CCAACUUUCAAAACGAAAUUCAUGUGGACCCUGAUAUGCUUUAAAUGAUUAAAACACGACAUUAUAGUAACAAGCUGUAAGAAUCUUGCAAGGGGAACAAAAAUGCCAACCAUAUCUAUAAAAUUGGGAACAGCACUGUUCUUCCUACACUGCUGCAACUUGCUGUCUGCCAUUGUUUCUGGAAUCUCCCCCCACCACGAGUCUGACCAAAGCUUUGGCACCUGUGAUCCGGACGUUCCCUCCAGGGCGCUGCCUAAGAAGGUCACACUUCGAGUUCUAACCCCGACCGCGGUCAAGUGCCCGGCGGGGGAGUUUCUGGACACCGUGACAUCACAGUGCCAGACAUGUGGGGAGGGAUACUUCAUGACAGCCAUGAUGGCGGCGAGUGGUCAACACACAGAAUGUGAAAAGUGUUACCAGCUCGACACAAUUAAUGAACGACUGGUGACACCCUGUAACUCCACACGGGACGCGGAGAUUCUCUGUACCGACGGAUUCUACCGCCACAAGACUGAGGACGGUAAAUGCUACUUCGAGUGUCUGGCCUGCUCACUGUGUGGCGUUGGGGAAAGUUUGGGCCUCAACUACCCGGCACGACCGUGCGCCGGGUACACAGACGUGAAGUGUUGUCGACACGCAGAUGACGUCAUAGGGGAAGAUGGGACGUGUGUCAGAGCGGAGCAAACACUCAACAGUACUCACGAAGAAAUCACUAAAUUGCCUGAUAUUUUAUUAUAUGUAGGAAACACCAUCACUGAACCUCCUAAAGGGGCAGCUAAAGAAACGCCAAAAAAUGAAGUUUCGGCACCAAAAGCCUCUGCAUGUAUAGUAGGCUUUCUUAUUGUAUUCACAUCUUUACAUCAUAUUUGAUGUGUCGUGUACAUUCGCUGGCACUAG